AUUUUCAUUUUCAGUGAAGACGGUUGUGUUUAAUUCGAAUAAAUAUUACUAGAAAUAUCUAAAAUAGCCAAUGGCAGAUAGUAGGAAAGACGUAAACCGCGGGCGUCGCCACGGCGGGAGGAAGGGGCCGCCGGGCGGUGGGUUUGUGGCCAAUGGCCAGGCGAGGAACUCCAAUUCGAAUUCCAAUGCCGCAAAGGCCGCAGGUAAGACCUCCUCCAAGCCCUCCUCCAAACCCUCCAAACACAAGCCUUCCGGCGAGGAGGACAAGCUCAAUGGGCAGGACGAGAAGGCGCUGCGCCAGCUGGUCAGCGACUUCCUGCAGAGCCGCGAGCCGGAGCAGCAGCUCCGCGGGCUGAGCAAGGCGCAGCGCAGCCACGUCCACCGGCUGGCCCAGAGCCGCGGCCUCAAGACAGCGAGCAAGGGGCCCGAGGAGGACCGCGUCCUGACCAUCUCGCGCCCGCAGUCGGACGCCCUGCAGCACUACCUGCUGGACAACGCCCGGCUGCACACGAGUCCCGCGCUCUUGAGGAUCUUCGACCAGAUCUACGGGCCGGUGGAGAGCCGCCUGGACAGGAUGCCGCCGGGCUUCUGGCGCCUCAAUCGCCAGCCGGAGGAGGAGCGCCGCCCGUCGAACUUCGGCCUGGUCGGCCAGCGGUUGAUCCCGCCGCCGCCAAGCAACCGCAACCGGAACAUUGAGCAGGACCGACGCAGUCUGCCCAUCUUUAAGCAGCGAGAGAACAUCCUUGGGAAUCUCCAGCGCGAGCAGGUCUUGAUCAUCAAAGGAGCCACCGGGUCGGGCAAGUCCACCCAGCUGCCGCAGUACAUCCUCGAAUGGGCCGCCCAGGAACGGGCUGCGGUCAGGAUCGUGGUGAGUCAGCCGCGACGCAUAGCAGCGAUCAGCGUGUCGGAGCGCAUUUCCAAGGAGCGCGGCGAGGCGGCGGGCACCACGGUGGGCUAUCAGAUCCGCAUGAACAGCAAAUGCAGCAGCCAAACGGUCCUCACGCUGACCACCAGCGGCUGUCUUCUGCGUGCUCUAGCCAUGGACGGCGAGUCGUUCUUCAGGAACACCACCCACCUGAUCAUAGACGAGGUGCACGAGCGGGACUUAGACACGGACUUCUUGCUGUUGGCCACCAAAUUAGAGCUGCAGAAGAACCCCCAUCUGCGCCUGGUGCUCAUGUCGGCCACCAUGGACCUGCAGGCCUUGUCCGACUACUUUGGCCAGGCCAGCGUGAUGGACGUGGAGGGGCGCGGCUUCGGGGUGAGGAUCUAUCACCUAGAGGACAUUCUAAGCGAGACCGGCUACAUGACGCCGCGCAUGGAGGAGUAUUUGGGCGAGCUGACGGGCGACGAACAGCCGGGCGAACUGCUGGCAGCCUACUACAACGGACGCACCAUUAUAGACCCGGAUAUAGACAAUGAUCUAAUCAUUUCUUUGCUGGAGCUGCUGCUGCGCACAGGAGACAGUGGAGCGGUGAUUGUCUACCUACCGGGCUAUAACGACAUGACCGAGCUAAUGGACCGAUUGUACACCGCUCUGUCGCGUUACCCGAUCAAGAUCCUGCUGCUGCACAGCCAGGUGGACAACAACGAGCAGCGGAAGGUCUUCCGCGUCUAUCAGGGUGUUCGUCUAAAGAUUAUCUUGAGUACCAACAUAGGGCAAACUUCAAUAACCAUUCCCGAUUUGCUGUAUGUGAUCGACGCGGGUCGCGCCAAGAUGAUGACCUAUGACCCCAUUACGGAUGCCUCGCAGCUGUGCAGCACCUGGAUCUCGCAGGCGGAUGCCCAGCAGCGGGCGGGACGAGCGGGACGCCUGCGUUACGGCAUCUGCUAUCGACUGUUCGACAGCGACCGGCUGGCCAGAAUGCCGCUGUACACGAUUCCCGAGAUCAUGCGUCGCACCCUCGACGAGAUAUGCCUGCUGACCAAGGUGGCCGCUCCGGAGGCGAGGAUAGACAAGUUUCUGGCCCUCGCGCUGGAUCCGCCGCAGCCGGAGGCCGUGCUGCAGGCCAUUGCCAAGCUGCAGCUGCUGGGCGUGCUGCGGGAGGCCGACGAGACGAUUACGCCGCUGGGACGGAUCAUUGCCGAGCUGCCGCUGAGCGUGCAGCUGGGCAAGUGCCUGGUCUACUCGGUUUACUACCGCUGCCUGGGCAGCAUGACCAUCAUAGCGGCCUACCACUCGGUGCGCGAUCCCUUCGUGCUGAACACGAAGUCGGGCGGCGGCGGCGGCGGCGGAGGUCAGCAGAAUGCACGGCUGCAGUUUGCCGGCGACGGCAUGAGCGAUUCGCUGGCCGCCCUGCAGCUCUACGCGGAGUUUGUCAAUCUGAAGCGCAUCCAUAUCGCCGAUUUCUGCGAGCGCAAUCUGUUGUGCCGCCACGCCAUGGAGAUGUUCGUCGCGGCGGUGUCCACGCUGCGCGACACCGUGCACCGCAUCUUCCGCUGCAACCAGGCCAGCGCUCGCCUGGCCUCGGCCUUCGACCAGGACACGAACAUGAUCCGUCUGGCCCUGACGGCCGGCCUGUAUCCCAAGCUGGCGUACAUGGAUCGCGAGAAUAAGCACCAGCUGGUGGCCGAGGGCGAUCCCUUCGUCCAGGUAUCGCGCACCUCCUGCCUGCUGGGCAGGAAAAAACAGAAGACGCUGGCCAGCGAGUGGAUACUGUUCGUGGAGAAGACCCGCAAUGCCGACCAGAGGUCCUCGCUGGAGCACACGAGCCUGGUGAGUGGCCUGCAGGUGGCCCUGGUCGGCGGCAAGCAGUUCCGCCUCGAACCGGUUGGUGCGGCGGAAGUGCUGAUCUGCCUGGAUUCGUGGGUGCGCCUCAAGUGUCCCAGUGAUUUUGGGGGCAAACUCAAAACUCUGCGGCAUCUAAUGGAUCGCGAGGUGGCCGAGAUGGUGGAGACCCGGCGGCUCAGCUCCGCCGGCAAGUGGAUUGGCCCGGAGACCGUGUGCCGACUGAUGCAGGCGGACGUUCAGUCCGUGUGCCUGGCCGAGGGCAGGGGGCUGCCCGACGAGGGCCACUGUGAUAACGAUUGUUAGAACUUAAGCUAGGGAAUCGGCCAAAAAAACACGAAAUAACACAGUAUUCGCGAGGUGAUGGACCGGUAGAAAGGUAGACCGGUACCCCCGUAGAAAUAAAUCCACGAUCUAACGAUAAACCCAUAUUUGUACAGUGCGUUUCAAAAGCCUAAGACAGCCUGUCGUACCUGAUUAGGGCAGCUAAAUUCACAACUGAGAGGCUAACGAAUUUUACUCUUUUUUUUUUUAAUCAAUUUUUGUUAUAAAAUUUUUAUAAGCAAAUUUUAGCCUGACUUUUAGAAUGUACAGAGCAUUUAGUAGGCAAUCAAACUUGAAUUGUACUUAUUAAUGGUUAAGUGACUUACAAAAUACUUGAACUAGAUUCCUUUAUUGUUGUGAUAAACCUAAGAAUAUUUUCGAGUAUUUAACGAGAUCUCCGUUUUUUAUUCUAAUCAUUAUUUUGAAUGCUUUGCUCGAUUUGGACAAAAGUUUAAUCGGCUUCCUUAGGUAAUAUAUGCAUCGAAUUUAAUAUAGAAUAUAAGACUAUAUCUCU